GGGGUUAGGUACCUUGCUCAAGGGUACCUCAGCCAUGGACACCGGUACGGGGAAUCGAACCAGCGAUCCACCGGUUACGGGUCCGACACCCUAACCGCUGAUCCACGACUGCCCCAAUUAUUCAAUUAUUGAAUUGAAAAACUUCAAAAUUGUAUGAGACCUUGUACAAGACCUGGGCAAAACUAAGGCAGUGGCACAAAUUAAAUGUACAUUUACCUCCUGAUUCACUAAGAUUUUACACAGUCUCAAACUGUGCAAGUUCAGAGCAGCACAUGGAGGACUCAAGUGCCAUCAGCUCAGUUGAUGUCAUGCUAAUGGCAGCUAAUGUGACCUUGGGCAACAAGCACUCAAGCAGAGGUUGUCCAGUAGUUCCUGACCACAAACUGCCAGUGCAAUGGGACUACAACAAUCAGACCAUGAAAGAGGUUUUAGGUUCAGUCCAGACCCGGAUUCUGGGUCAGGGUCUCCAGUACAGGAUGCUGGUGGGAGGCCGUGUCCUUGAGGUCAGCACACUCCAGGGGAAGUUCUCAGGCCGGUACCGAUGCCAGACCCUGAUCAACAGUACUAGACAAAUACUCUCCGCCUGGAUAUACGUCCAUACACACGAAUAUGUGUGGCGUUUUGGAAACUGGACCACAUGCAGUGCUUCCUGUGGAAACAGAGGGACUUGGCUGCGGAAAAUUCGGUGUGUCACUCUGGAUGGAAAGAAUGUUCAGCCCACCAUGUGUCAGCAUGUACCAAAACCCAACAGCAUCCCAGUUCCCUGCAACAGACAAGACUGCCCUCCCAGGUGGUCGGUAUCGGAGUGGUCAAAGUGCUCAGCCUCGUGUGGCGGUGGCUGGAAACAGAGGCAGGUGUCAUGUCAGCAGCUGGAUUCCAGCGGAGUAGUGAGGAUUCUGAGAGCAGCUGCCUGUGAGCAGAUAAGCCGGCCAGCAGAGAAAGAGCAGUGCACUGCCAAUAACUGUGCAAUCUGGGUGACCAGUCCAUGGGGAAAGUGUUCAGGGAGGUGUUUAGGCCCCACCACCACUGUGCAAAGGAGAUCUGUCAUCUGCCAACAUGCCAAUGGUUCUUUGCACACAGACUGUGCACUCAGCGACAGGCCUGCAUCAGUACGCAACUGUUCCUCUGACCUGUGUUAUGUCCAAUGGCGUCCUGGUGCGUGGCGGGCAUGUACGGUAGUUUGCGGGAGUGGCUUCCAGUCCCGCAGAGUGGACUGUGUUCAUCGCAGGAGUGGCAGGACUUUGGCUUACCAGCACUGUGCCUGGCUCCAGCAGCCCUCCACCUGGCAGCACUGUAAUACCACCACCUGUGGGAGUGAAUGCAAAGACACCACCCAGUACUGCAGCGUGGUGAAGAGACUGAAGCUGUGCCAUGUGGAUAUGUACAAACAGAGAUGCUGUGGGUCAUGUUCACAUGACACUGACUCCACCUAGUGGUAGUGAGCAAUUGUAACCACAAUCCAGUUUGUUGUAACCAAUCAGCUACAUGAGACUGAACAAAGACAUCAUCUGUGAAUGGAUGCUUCAAGAACUGCAUAUAUGUAAAUGGAACAAGCUUCAGUCAGAUUCUUUCCCUUUCUAAAAGGAAACUUAACAGAGCCUCAAAAGGAUGGAAGCAUGAGGGUGCUUUAUUUUGUGACUUGGACCCAACUGCCUAAUAUGAAGCAUUCACUUUGUGGAUCAAAUGGAGUUUUUGACUUUCCUGCAAAAACUGAACAUUUAGUUUCAGCAACAUUUGGUAAAGGUGCAUUGUUUACUGCAGAAUGCACACCACUGCUCUCCUGUAAACACAACUUAGACUGAGGUAUUGGUUUUGCCAGUGUUGACCUUUAUUAGAUAUGAGAUAUCAGCCACUCUUGUCAUCCACUGCUGAUAUAAGUGAGUUUCGUCAUAUCAACAGCUACAUAAAACAGCUAACUUACAAACAUACUUUCUUUCUUUUAAGUUUUCUUUAUUUAUUUGUAUAACUGUUCAAAAGUGUUUUUAUAAAAUGACCGAUCUAAAAAUGUUAUAGGAAAAUUCUACUUUAUAACAAAUGGGGUUCUCGCUUAGUAGUCAGCUGGGAUAGGCUCCAGCCCCCCUGAAACCCUGACGGAUAAGCGGUAUGGAAGAUGAAUGAAUGAAUGAAUAAGCAAAUGAGGUCUAAUUUUCAUGAUUAUGACCUUUACUUCUACUCACUGUUGAAAUUUCUGAACAUGAAGUGAGACAAUCAGACAGUGUGUAGAUUAGAUAACGGUUUAGUCAAACUGUCCAAACCACCUUAUUUGCUGGUAACACUCAAAGUAAGUGCACCAAAAAUGAAGGACCAAUAACAUUUUAAGUGAUACAAACGAUAGCCAACACUGAAAAAAAAAAACAAGACCCAAACUUGUAAUAAACUGAAA